AUGCCACCACGACCAACCCUCCUCGUCCCUCCAAGCGCAACCCGUCGCCUUCUCAUACCCCGAACGAGCGCCGUCCGAUCUCUUUCCUCCCUCACCACCACAACCAACAACUCUUUCAACAACAAACCCACACCCUCACACACGCGCCGGCCACCACUUACCACCACCACCACAACUACGACCACCCGCCCUUACUCCUCCUGGCUCCUCUCCGCCGUAUCCUCCGCCGCCUCAGCCCUCAACAAUGCCUCUCCCAACGGAAACAAAGGCGCGCCAGAAACCGUCCUCCGCGCCCGCCGCAUCCUCCCUUACCCGCCUUCGCACCUCUACAAUUUGAUCGCGGACGUUUCUUGCUACGAUCAGUUUUUGCCGCAUUGUAGUCGGAGUGUGGUUACUGCGUGGGCUACUGCUCCAGAGUCAAUACCUGCAGCCGGUCACGAGGGGGGACAAACGGGGGAGGGGGUAACAGCGGGGAAGAAACAGAAAUGGCCAUCCCGCGGUGACCUAACAGUAGGUUGGGGCCCUUUCACAGAAUCCUACUCUUCCCGAGUAUACUGCGUACCAGACGACGGCUCCGGACAAGGUAUGGGGAUCGUAGAAGCAGUCAGCGGUAAUGCCAGCACUACCAUCCCGUCUUCUGUCCUCCAGAGGUUCGGCUACUCCUCUUCUUCGACUUCAGAUACGGAGAAGAUGGAAGGGCUGUUUGAGAGUUUGGUCACGAGGUGGACUGUUAGGUCUGUGUCGGCCCCGGGAGGGAUAAAAAACCAAGAGGGAGGAGAUAAGUGGACGGAGGUGGCCCUGAGUGUCAGGUUCAAGUUUGCGAAUCCCGCGCUGGGGCUUGCGGUUGGACAGUUGGCGGGGCAGAAGGUGGAUGAGAUGGUGGAGGCUUUUGAGGAGAGGGCUAGGAGGACUUGGAGGAGGUGA